AUGUCUCUCUGUGUGCGAGAAAGCGCGAGGUGCGGAAUCGAAAUGAUGAAAAAGUACGUGGCAGUCUUUGCCUCCUCGGCGAGUCUCACUGACUUUCGGUUGCCAGAGUUCCAGUUUGUGGCCGCCACGCUACACAUCCCCAUCACAUUGCUGAACGACAAGAUCUCAUGGGUUUCAGGCGGCGCCGAUACUUUCUGGUUCAGCGUCUUCGAGUCGCCGGCGAGCCGUUCCGAGCUCAGGGCCCUCGCGGAGCGUUGCGCGCUGCUGCGCGGGAUUUACACGCUCUUUGAGACCACCCCUACACUGGAGGAUCUCUACGCGUGUCUCGAAAAACGCCACGGUAGUGCGCCAGGAUCUGUAGCCCCAUCUCUAGCCUCCUCCCCCACCACCGAUGCCGCCGCCUUUGUCGGCGAGGACGAGAUGACGCACCUUACGAGCUCGACAUACUCCUACCAGGUGGAGACGAUAGGCAAGAAGUACUCCGCGGACGCCAAGCGUGCGGUGGUGGAGGCGGUACUGCAGCGUGUGCCGCGUGCUGGUGAGGUCGAGUGGCGACAGCCAGAGCGCGCCUACUACAUAUUCCUUCAGCAUGCCGUCGAGAACGCGCUGCCUGGAGCGAAAGGGUGGAUAUCGAAUGGGCCGCUGCUGCGUGUCUUCCACUGCUGCCUCUGCGUGGAAUCCAGCCGCAGUGCGCUGCUCGCCACGUACGACCUGCGAAAGCGGCCCUACAUCGGCACCACCUCCAUGCCACCGGAGGAGUCGCUCGUGAUGGUGAACAUGUCAGGCGUGUGUCGCAGUCACUACGUGUACGACCCGUUCUGCGGCACCGGCAGCUUGCUCAUCGCGGCGGCGCACUACGGCGCCAGGACCUUCGGCUCCGACGCCGAUGGGCGGGCGAUGCGGACCGGUACAGAGAAGGGGAAGACGAGCCCACAGAUACAGCAGCAGCGCCGCUUGGCGCUCGCGGCCUACCAGGAGGAGCAGCUCUGCGUCUUGACGGAGGAGGAACGUGUGUGGCCGAGCAUGAUCACAAACUUUAAGGUAUACCACCUCCCACCGCCUGACAGGGCUCGCAUGAACUUCUCUGCGUGGCCGAAGACGUGGCACACCUGCGCCCUGCGUCUCGGCUCCGGGGGCAUCUUCGACAGCAUCAUCACGGACCCGCCGUACGGUCUACGCGAGCCACGUAAGAAGGUGGAAACGACGGCUUCCACGGAAGCAGAUAGCAACAACCCCACCAAGCAGCAGGUUGUCACUUUUUCCGCCUACCCCAUCAACGAGGUGGUGCUGGAUCUCGUCCUGUUCGCCGCCACACACCUCGUCAUCGGAGGCCAUCUCACCUUCUGGCACCCCACCACCGAUCACUACACCGACGACGAGCUGCCCAGUCACCCGUCCCUGCGCGUUGUGUGCAAUAUCGCGCAGCGGGUGUCGCUCAAGAUGGUGCGCCGUCUCAUCGUUCUACGGAAGGUCGCGCCGGUGCCGACUCCGCCACCGUCACGCGAAUCCUGCGCUGCGAAGAAGUCCCCAGAUGACCUGCGCGUGCUCAUGGACGCGACGGAGCUGCCAGACAACGAGGACUACAUGCACUACCGCGCCAAGCGCGAGCGGAAGCGUCAGGCAGCGCAUGAGUACAAGGCGGCAGCAGAGUCCUCCUCCUCCUCCUCCCCCAACCCUACCACAAGUGAGCACGUCGACACCGACCGCGGGAAAGGCAACCGACGUGGUCGCAAGCGCGGCCAACUGGACGGGCAGGAUAAGAUUGUGGCGAACCGCCAGCGCAACAUCGAGCUGCGGGAGGCGAAGCAGGCGGCCUCGCACCUCGCCAAUGCAGCGCACAAGACGGUCGACCACAGUCGAGCGUGA